UAAUCACUUUUUUCCUUACAAAAAUGAAAACGCAGUUUUAAACUCACUCUACUCUCUCUUUCUCUUUCUUUCAUUUCUAUAUAUUCAACGCCGCCGUUUUGGAACUUCUUUUCGCUCUUUCUGUUUCCUAAAAGGGGCAAAAUUAUUUACGCGGAAAUAAUCGAUUUUGCCACCAAUUUUUUUCUUCGCGGAAUCGGAUCUCAGAAGGAAAUUUCUUUUGAGAAUAAAGAAACAGAAUAUAGUGCUAUCCCUGUCUAUACUGCUCUGAAUUAGUUGAAUGGCGGAUAAAGCAUGUAUCAAGCGUCUUCAGAAGGAGUAUAGAGCCCUUUGUAAAGAGCCAGUUUCCCAUAUCGUGGCCCGUCCUUCACCAAGUGAUAUUCUUGAGUGGCACUACGUAUUGGAAGGAAGCGAGGGAACACCUUUCUCAGGUGGUUUUUACUAUGGGAAAAUCAAGUUUCCUCCAGAAUAUCCAUAUAAACCUCCUGGAAUCAGCAUGACAACACCCAAUGGGAGGUUCAUGACACAGAAAAAGAUCUGUUUAUCUAUGAGCGAUUUUCAUCCUGAAAGUUGGAACCCAAUGUGGUCUGUAUCAAGCAUACUUACCGGGCUUCUUUCAUUUAUGAUGGACACCAGUCCAACCACAGGCAGUGUAAACACCACUACUGCCGAGAAGCAGCGUCUUGCAAAAUCUUCACUCUCUUUCAAUUGCAAGAAUGCAACAUUCAGGAAAAUGUUCCCAGAGUACGUGGAGAAGUACGAACAGCAGCAGCUUUCUGAGCAAACUGCUUCUGAGCAGCGGGUAUCAUCAGACGCUCGUCAAGAUAAAAGUUCAAAUUCUGUUUCAGAAAGGAAUUCAGACUCCGCAGGAGAAGACAUGAAAAGGGUAGAGGGAUUGAAGGACAUGAGGAGAAACAAAAAACAGGCAUUUCCAACAUGGAUGAUGUUAUUACUCUUCUCCAUCUUUGGGGUUGUUAUGGCAUUACCUUUACUUCAGCUGUGAAACUUGUAUGGGUAUAAAGGAUAUCCAUAAAAGACUUUCAUGCAACUGCUUGUUCUUUGUGCUCUGCUUAGGUUAUGUCAUAUCUAACAGGAUUUGUAUAGGAAAUAUUGGACAUGGAGGGUGUGUUAAAGAUAUGAUUUUACUCCUUGUGUCUAUGUUUUGCCAGUUUCUUGGUAUUGAUACUUGUCAUGUUAUGUUUACACUCUUAAACUGUUGAAGCUUGUCUUCUAGUCUUGGUUGGUAAACAUUAACACGCCGCGUUGCUAUGGACUGCAUUCUUCAUGUCAUGUUAAUUCAAGUUGAUGUUGUGACCA